AUGCCGGACCCACCGAGCUACCAGCUCUGCCAUGGUGGGAAGGUGAGGCGAGGCAGCCUGUCGCAGAUGACCGCCAACCUCUACCUUGCUAACGUGGUGGCCACCAAUAGCCACCUCCUGCUCUUCACCCACCGCAUCAGCACUGUCAUCAAUGUCUCCCUGGAGGCGGUGAACACCCUCUGUCCCAACAUUAAGUACCUGUGUGUCCCUGAGAUGGACGCCAUCACUGCUGUCAUCUCCAGCUGCUUUGACUCCAUAGGCUACUAUGUGGGGACACACGGGGGCCAGACGCUGCUGCGGUGUGCUGGUGGGGUGAGCAAGUCCACUGCUUGCUUGGCCUAUCUCCUGAAGCUCCGUGCCGUGUCCCUGGCAGGCACCCACGCCUGGGUCGAGUCCUGCUGUCCCAUCGUACCACCUGACAACACCUUCUGGCAACAGCUCAUCUACUACAAGUACAAACUCUUCAACAGGCUCGGAAGAAUGAUGGGCUCUCUGUCAGGGAUGACACCUGAUGUUUAUGAAAACGGAGUAACGCUGCUGCUCUGA